AUGCGGUGGAUCUGGGCUGGUGUGUGAUAAAGGACGUGGAGGUGAUAGAGUUGAACAAGCGUGCGUCGGGCCAGGCCUUCGAGGUCAUCCUGAAGCCCCCGUCUUUCGAUGGCAUCCCAGAGCUCAACGCUACCAUGCCCCAACGCAGGGAACUCUCCAUGGAGGAGAUCCAGAAGAAACUAGAGGCUGCAGAGGAGAGGAGGAAGUGCCAGGAGGCUGAGCUGCUGAAGCACCUGGCAGAGAAGAGAGAGCACGAGAGAGAGGUCAUCCAGAAGGCCUUUGAGGAGAACAACAACUUCAUCAAGAACUCCAAGGAGAAGCUGGAGCAGAAGAUGGAGGCCAACAAGGAGAACAGAGAGGCUCUGCUGGCGGCCAUGUUGGAACGACUGCAGGAGAAGGACAAACAUGCAGAAGAGGUGAGGAAAAAGGUACUAGCUUUGGCAGAUGCGGUGGAUCUGGGCUGGUGUGUGAUAAAGGACGUGGAGGUGAUAGAGUUGAACAAGCGUGCGUCGGGCCAGGCCUUCGAGGUCAUCCUGAAGCCCCCGUUGUUCGAUGGCUUCCCAGACCUCAACGUUACCAUGUCCCAACGCAGGGAACUCUCCAUGGAGGAGAUCCAGAAGAAACUAGAGGCUGCAGAGGAGAGGAGGAAGUGCCAGGAGGCUGAGCUGCUGAAGCACCUGGCAGAGAAGAGAGAGCACGAGAGAGAGGUCAUCCAGAAGGCCUUUGAGGACAACAACAACUUCAUCAAGAACGUCAAGGAGAAGCUGGAGCAGAAGAUGGAGGCCAACAAGGAGAACAGAGAGGCUCUGCUGGCGGCCAUGUUGGAACGACUGCAYGAGAAGGACGAACACGCAUUAGAGGUGAGGAAGAAAAAAGAACUGAAGGAGGAGGCCUGCCGUUAGACGAGCGGAAAGAUAGAGGGAGAGAGAACGGAGGAGUGGUUUUGUGUCAU